AUGAACGCCAAUGAGCGUCUGUGCCUCUUGAGGGUUUUUGUCAAGCUGCAGCUGUGCUUUCGAGCUGCGGCUUUUUGUAGCAGCAGGAGAUAUACCACUUGGACCGUGCAGAAGCGGCUCCCGAAAAAAAGUCGGACGUCCGACGUUGCUGACCUACGGCGUUCAAUCACCGAGACUGAACCACGAUCAUGGGCCCGCCAGAAGUUGCACGAUUCCCAGAUUGAGAAUCUCAGUGGGCAUACACGAAUAGGUGAGUCGCAGUUGGAGUCAAAUGGGGAGGACAAUCAUCCAUGGCUGUCUAUCGCCAAGUCAGCAGACUGCCAAAUGCGACUUACCAUCUGUUCGGUCAACGUCUUCAUCAGGAGCAUCAUGAUUGAAGACAAGCCGUAA